CCCCACGUGGAUGGAAGAUGGCCGCGUUUGCGGACCUGAAUAUUCUCUACUUGCCGGAGAAAGAGGCGUUGCAGAAGUUGGUGGAGGCUGCAGCGCACCUUGGCUAUUCAACUGUAGCAAUCAAUUAUGUUGUCGAUUAUGAAGAAAAGAAAAAAGAAAUUGUCAAGCCACUGUCUCCCACAGAGCUGUUUCCAGCCUUGCCUCUUGUACAGGGGAAAUCCAAGCCAAUUAAGAUUCUAUCAAGGCUGACACUUGUGGUGUCUGAUCCGUCCCACUGCAACGUCCUUAGAGCGACGUCCACAAAUAUCAAAUAUUACGACAUCUUUGCUGUAUUUCCUAGGAAUGCCAAACUCUUUCACGUGGCAUGCACAACCUUAGAUGUAGACCUGGUGUGUGUUGAUGUGACAGAAAAGCUGCCCUUCUUCAUCAAGAGACCAUCUGUUAAUGUGGCAAUAGAGCGAGGUGUCUACUUUGAACUUAUUUACGUUCCAGCCAUCAAAGACUCCACAAUGCGACGGUACACAAUUUCGAAUGCCUUCAGCCUGAUGCAGAUCUGCCGUGGAAAGAAUAUCAUUCUGUCCAGUGCAGCAGAAAAGCCUCUCCAGCUGCGAAGUCCAUAUGAUGUGGCUAAUUUAGGUUGGUUGUUUGGCCUCUCAGAAAGCAAUGCCAAGGCAGCUGUUUCGACUAACGGCCGAGCCGUCAUUCUUCAUGGAGAAGCCAGGAAGACUGCCUCUGGGGUGGUGUAUACAAUGAGGAAACCUCAAACUCCAGAAGAUGAUGAUGAUUCUGCUCCACUCAGUAAAAAAGCCAAGACAGAUUUGGGAAGUACAAGUUCACCUCUCUAACACCUACACUCAGACCAACCUCCAUGCUGCCAUUGCCUAGGAUGGCUGGAGAAGAGGAGAAGUCUCUUAUUAUCACCACUUAUAUAGAGACAUGAAUAUCUACUUAGGUGAACUCUGAAUGUGAUUAUAUGGACCUUGGAAGCAGUAGAUGAUGCUCCUUGAAGAUUGUCCAGUGGAAGAUGACAAUAUAAAAUUUGAAAGGAAUGGGAGAACGUGUAUAUAGCUAUGCUGCCUUUUAUAAUAAAUAUAUGUUACCAAAUACAACU